AUGUUCUCGCUCUCCGCCUCCUUGCGCUCGUGCGCUCGUGCCCCACCCCGCCCCUCCCUCCUCCCGCUGCAGCCCCGCGCUGCACGCAUGGCCUCCCGCAGGGCAACCCAAGCAAGCAGGCUCGUGUCCCGCAACGAGGAGCUCGCCCGCGAGGAAUCCAUCGUCGACGAGCUCCAGGAUACCACAAAGCUGCUCGACAACGCCCCCGUCCGCAUGGGCCCCGUCUCCGACUCUUUCAGUGUCGACAUCCAGAGCGACCCCCGCAAGUCCCUCAGAACCCGCAUUCCAAACUUCAUCAAGCCCACCGACUUCAAAGACCGCUCCGACGACGAGCGCAUCCGCCGCAGGCGCCCCCUCCUCGGCCCCGACGCCGCCCAGUCCCGCCAGGACGACCCCUUCCACCUCCUCGGCAUCGACCCCCUCGUCGAGGCCACAAACCCCAAGCUCCUCUCCUACUUCGUCACAGAGAUGGGCAAGGUCCGCGGCCGCGCUGAAAACAGGCUCACAUGGCACAGCCAGAGGCGUUUGACCCGCGCAAUCCGCAGAGCAAAGAAUAUGGGCGUCAUCCCCACCCUCAGCAGAUCCAUCACGCUCAAAAACCCAUGA